GAACGGUACUAAGAAAAUAGAAUUUUUAUUGGAGGGCGUUGAUGCCAAAACAGAAUCUUAUCUGUAAAGAUAAACUAAUUAUCUCUAUUGACUCACCUCAUUUUAUACGUAGCAGGUGAAAAUACACCAUUGUAGUGAAAAUUAUUAUUAGUUCGAUUUAUAAUAAGUUCGAUUUUUUACGAAAAUGACAAGUAUCGAGACUGUGGGGACCAUUGUCCUGAAAUUGCUGAAGUUGGUGAUCAAUUUGAUAUGUCUCAUCUUGUACCGAACCGGAUAUCAAGGCUACUUCUUGGGAGUAGGAGGAACCUGGAAUCUAAACGAAGAAAAAAAUCCCGAUGCAGAAAUUGUGGCUUCCGGCGUAUUCGUAGGAUUUAUGAUUUACACAUUCGUCUCGCUGAUCAGCCUUUGCUUCGCUAGUGGAGAUCACAAAACGACAUUCACUGAUAUUCUGAUGAAUAUAGUAGGGAUUUUUAUGUGGAUAGCUGUUGGAGCUACAGCUCUUCAUUAUUGGCUUGGGUACUUGUCCGAAUACAAAUACACGACAAUAGAUUCUGAACGACAAGUUGGUUUGGCGUUAGGAGCGAUGUGUAUAAUAAAUGGAGCGGUCUAUCUUGUAGACGGAGUACUUUCCGCAAUCUUUAUCCUCAAAGCCAAAAUGCAAUAACUUUCAUCGUAAUAUAAAUAUAUUUAUUUAGGUUAUAUACUUUACUUUAAGCAGCUCAAGUAUACCGUGACAUCCCACUCAUACAUCAAUGUCUAUAAUUGUUUCAUGACAAAUCAUUUAAUAGUAUUUUAAAGCAUUCAUUCGUUCAACACCUUUUUUACAUUUUUCAAGUAUUAUAUCAAUCUUUUUAAAGAAUUGUUUGGCUAUUAACCGGAUUCAAUCCAUAUAGUUCCGUAAAAUAAUUAUGCGUUUUAAUAAUUAAUGUAAUUAAAAAUAGUUAGUAUAUUUUUGAAAUAAAACAACUGCCGCAACAAAUUAGGGAGAAUACUUUUGUCUCCUGUAGUUUUAUCUGUUAUCCAAAGUUCGAUUAAAUUGUUUCAAUUUAAUGUAUUUUUCCAUAUAACGCACCAAAUAGUCUUAAAAAAAUAGUGCCUGUUACUACCUAAUACUUUCUACGUAUGCCUUAUGGUUAGUAGUGGCUCCAAUAGGUGCAUUUUACAUUUUUCAUGAAAAUUCAAUUCACAUUAUUUUCCUCCCGUUCUCUUCAUAUUAUAUUUAUUUAUUCUUUAAUAUAGUUUUGGGCGUGAAGCCCAGUAAAUACCUAUAUGAAGUAUAUUGAUGGAACUGCCAUGCUUGAUGGGUUUUGUCUGCAAUUAAAAUAAAACCAAAACAAACAUUUGUACAGUAUUGUAAAAUUCACAAUAUUUAGGUAGAUGUUUAAAAUUUAAUAUUUUUUAAGAGUUUGCAUUUAUGUUAAUCGUAGUUAAGUUUUUAUAAAAAUUUAGUAGUUGUGAGAAAUAAAAUAAGUAAAAGAG